AUUGGCCGAUCGGGGAGUUACGUCACGGUAUGCCUGCGACCCUCCCCCUCGUGUAUUCUGCUGUGAGGGGCUAGUCAGCCCCGUGGCGGAGGGUGAUGAAGACUGAGAGUGUUUGUUGUGAGGGGUGAACGGCGAAAAGCGGACCGGAGAGGGACAGUGAGGAGGAGCGAGUAGCGGCCGGAGCUGUGAGCGGAGUGUUUUGCUUUAUCUACUUUACUGUUUACAAAGCCAUGCCGUUGGUCAAGAGGAAUAUCGAACCCAGGCAUCUUUGCCGUGGAACAUUGCCGGAUGGGAUCACUAGUGAACUGGAAUGUGUAACUAACAAUACAUUGGCUGCAAUCAUCCGACAGCUCAGUAGCCUAAGCAAGCACGCAGAAGACAUAUUUGGCGAGCUGUUUAAUGAGGCGAACAAUUUCUACAUCAGAACAAAUUCUCUUCAAGAUCGAAUUGAUCGGCUCGCUGUUAAAGUCACCCAGCUGGAUUCAACAGUGGAAGAGGUGUCUCUGCAAGAUAUUAACAUGCGGAAAGCGUUUAAGAGUUCAACCACGCAGGACCAGAAGGUCGUCUCGCAGAACAGCACCCCAAAGCCGGUCAUUGAUAUAUAUAAGACGUGCGACAGACCUCCUCCUCUCCAUAUACUUUCACGAUACAGAGACGACAAAAAGGACAGCUUGAAGUUCUACACUGAUCCAUCUUACUUCUUUGACCUCUGGAAGGAAAAGAUGCUGCAGGACACAGAGGAUAAAAGGAAAGAGAAAAGAAGACAGAAGGAACAGAAGCGAGUAGACGGCACGACCCGGGAAGUGAAAAAGGUUCGGAAAGCCAGAAACAGGCGUCAAGAGUGGAACAUAAUGGCGUACGACAAAGAGCUUCGACCCGACAACAGGUCGUCUCCAAAUGUGUUCCAAGUAGCAUCUUCCGAGGGAUCUCUGUCCCCUGAUACUAGGUCUCAUAUAUCGGAUGUUACGGAAUACUCCUAUCCAGCAACUCCUAACCACUCCAUCCAUCAUCACCCCAUGACUCCGACCUAUGCGGGAUCAGUAGAGCCUCAGCAUCACAUUGGCACUGGCCAAACCAGUGAUCAUGACUAUAGAUCUGCCUCUGGCACUCUGAGACAUGGCACUUUAAACAGACCCCAGCAGCCUCCUCCACCCCCACCAGCAGCUGUAGAUGGGACCAGCCCAAUCCCUAUUGUAUCGGCUGAUGGCAGGCGGGUGCUCCCUCCUCAGAUGAUGGAGUAUUAUCCCACUGGAUCACCUCCACCACUAAUUCCUUCUGCUCAGACGGCUUUCAUUAGUCCUCUGCAACACUCGCUGCCUUCAUCCCCGGGGGCUCAGAUAUGUGGAUCUACAUACGCUCCACCUCCACUGCCUGGUGCCAUCAUCACUUCCGCUUCUCCUGCUCCUCCUCCUCCACCUCCCGGCCCUCCAGCAUUUGCCCAGUCUCUCACAUCAUCUCCAAUGCAUUUUGUCAGAGUUUUAGAAGCUAAAAGACUUGACGGGGCGCAGUUACUUGGACUGACCAGCGACGCUCGCAGUGAUCUUCUUUCUGCUAUUCGGAUGGGCAUUCAGCUGAAGAAAGUGCAAGAGCAGCGUGAGCAAGAAGCCAAGCGGGAGCCCGUUGCAAAUGACGUUGCCACCAUCCUAUCCAGACGCAUAGCGGUGGAGUACAGCGAUUCUGAGGAUGAAUCGGAAUUUGAUGAAAACGACUGGUCCGACUGAGAAUCAGAAAGCAUUUCAUUACAGAGGGGGUCGUCUCUGCAUAAUCUCUAUGGGAUAAGUCUGGAACGUUUCAGCUCUCUGUCCUACGUUUCCUGAAGUGCAGCACAAUAGGAUCUCAGGGAUGCAGAUACGGACAUCAUAUUUCCACUAGAUGAAUCUCUGCUAUAGCCCAUGGAAAUUGUACUUUAAUGUAAGAGUUGUUAUUUUAUCUCCCCAAAAUUGGACCAUGUCAUUUCUAAAGCCUAAAACAGUACAGCAGGUACAAAACAUGAAAUUCUCUGUGGGUGUAUGUAUAUAUAUAUAUAUGUAUAUAGUGAAUAAAGUACCUCCUACUGUAAAAUAUAAGGAUAUUAUAAGUCACCAAGGAGUUCGGCCUCAUGUUUUUAUACAGGUCAUGGAACUCUGAGGU